AUGAACUCCGUUCUAUGCCUGUCUGCACCUGUAUAUCUCUUCAUUCGACGUGUCGUGCAUGUUCUUUCAGCUCUCUCAAUCUCCAACCAGUAUGUCUUGCUGCAGAGUGGCAAAGGGAAAGUGGACACCGGCGUUCUGAAUAUCCAAGUAAACAAGGAGAAAGCGUUCAAUACCGCAGGGGGCAUACCAGAUGGUCCUGCGACAUUGUCAUCGUCCAAGGACGUUUCUCCGUCUACUGACGGCAAUGUAACGAAUCAUCAUGAGAACAAUGAAUCGAGAGACAGGUCACCGGACCCAACACCAGAACCAGGACGUCCGAGUGAGGAUACAAAGCGGCUUGAUACAAUCCAUCAGCUGUUACAGAAUCCAGUCCUGUACGAUCCCAUACGGACGCCCCGCCAUCCCAUAGCACUGUGCCAUGGACUCUAUGGAUUCGAUGUCCGAGGCCCAUCCUCGUUCCCCAGCUUGCAAAUGCACUACUGGUCGAACGUUCUACAGAUUCUCAAGAAAAAGGUCGGAGCCGAGGUGAUCGUUACCUCCGUCCCUGCAACAGGCUCCAUAGCUUCACGCGCAGAGAACCUUGACAGAGCCCUCAAGGACCGAGCACGAGGCAAAGGGAUCAAUUUCAUGGCGCAUUCCAUGGGGGGGCUUGACUGUCGGCAUUUGAUUUCGCACAUCAAGCCUAGGGAUUACACGCCCGUGUCACUUACGACUGUAGCGACACCCCAUCGCGGAAGUCCGUUCAUGGAUUGGUGUGCGUCCGUCACCCAGGAGCGCAUUGGUAUCGGUAAACUCAAGCGCCAGGAGCAACAACGAUUAAAGGCUGAGGAAUCGACUGCCCAGUCGGAACUGGAUCCGCUUGAUGCCUCCUCUGCUGCAGAAAAGCACACGCCACCCCCACGCUCCCCAUCUCCCCUCUCCAUUUCUUUAUUCCCUUCCUCCUUCACCACCUUUCUCAUGUCCAUCCUCGACUCGCCGGCUUACGCGAACCUGACCUCCACCUAUCUCAACGAGAUAUUCAAUCCUACCACCCCAGAUGAUCCGCGGGUCAAAUACUUUAGCGUCGCGGCGCGGAUCCAGAACGUGGCCAUUUGGCACCCGUUUUGGCUACCUAAAAUGGUGCUGGACGGUGUAGAGCAAAGGGAGCGCCAGCAGCUGCGGAAGGAGGGAGAGGAGAUGCUGAGGCAGCGCGGAUGGACGAGGGAGGACUACGUGCGGAUGGAGGGGCGCCCGCCAAUAUGGGAACGCGAGGACGAGUGGGGAAAUGACGGGCUCGUGACUGUUCAGAGUGCGCGGUGGGGUGAGUUCCUAGGGAUCAUGGAAGGCUGCGAUCAUUGGCAUAUCCGCGGCGCGCGGGGAUUGGAGCUCGAUAUCGAUAUACCGAACGUGUCGUUUGGGAUUGGGAACAGCUUUGGCGAGGGAUGGAGUUUGUCGGAUUGGACCCGGUUCGUGACAGCAUGGCGGAAGGAGGAGAAGAAAAAGGAGACCGAGAAGAAGAAAGAGAAUGGUAAGGUGAAGAAAAUCGAGAAAAAGGAAAGAGAGGAGACGCUGUCGAAGGCGGUGGAAGCCAGUCAGAAGGAGAAGGAGAGACGAGCGCGAGAGGCGGAUGACCAUGACGAUGAUUUCCUCAAGUCCUCGACGGAUAAAUUGUCCGCGGUGUUCGACUGGCUUGUCGAGCAGGUACCUACACCUGCCAGGGCUGGUGUCAGUCCACUUGCCUCAUCGUCUCGCGGCGCGUCUGCGUCGCCCGACGAGAAGAGUGCGCGGGAGCAGAGCAAGAAAAGCAAGAAACCGUCGGUCAAAAACGAGCUCGAGACGAAGGAGGACCUAGAACGAUUUUAUGUCGCUCUUUCGAGGAAGUUGUAUGAUGAAGGGCUGUAG